GGCUCGGCGCCGCGAGAAACGCCCUAAAGAGGCGGGAGAGAGGGAGGGAGGGAGAGCGCGGCUCCGGAGAGCGAGAGCGAGCUGAAGCUGCCUGCCGGCGGAGAGGAGGAGCGGGGCGAGGACGAGGAGGAGCGGGGCGAGGCGCUGGCGAGGCUGGGACCCGGGGCGCGCGCACUUCUCCGCAAAGUGCCAACUUCCCGGGAGAGAGUGCCGGGCGCGCACCUUCUGGGCUCCGGGGAAAAGUCAGCGGGAAUUUGAGAUCUUAGGGAAGAAAGUCGGAUUUCCCCCGUCCCCCUUCCCCUGUUACUAAUCCCCAUAAAAAAGACAAACAAGAAAAAUAACAGCAAACUUGCUAUAAGCCUGUCUGCCCCCCACUCCUGGCACCAUGAAGGCGGCCGUCGAUCUCAAACCGACUCUCACCAUCAUCAAGACGGAAAAAGUCGAUCUGGAGCUUUUCCCCUCCCCGGGUCUGAACUCCAGCGCUGCCGAAUUACAACCGCUUUCAUUUGUUUUUCCUGCUCCCCUACCAUGUAAUGGUCAAGGGCUCAUUGGAACCAUGUGUGAGCCUGAUAUGGAAUGUGCUGAUGUCCCACUCUUGACUCCAAGCAGCAAAGAAAUGAUGUCUCAAGCAUUGAAAGCUACUUUCAGUGGUUUCUCUAAAGAACAGCAACGCCUGGGAAUUCCCAAAGACCCCCGGCAGUGGACAGAAACCCAUGUUCGGGACUGGGUGAUGUGGGCCGUGAAUGAGUUCAGCCUGAAAGGUGUGGACUUCCAGAAGUUCUGUAUGAAUGGAGCAGCCCUCUGUGCACUCGGGAAGGACUGCUUUCUCGAGCUGGCCCCGGACUUCGUUGGGGACAUCUUGUGGGAACAUCUCGAGAUCCUGCAGAAAGAGGAUGUGAAACCAUAUCAAGUGAAUGGAGUCAACCCUACCUAUCCAGAAUCCCGCUAUACCUCGGAUUACUUCAUUAGUUAUGGUAUCGAGCAUGCUCAGUGUGUUCCUCCCUCAGAGUUCUCAGAGCCUAGCUUCAUCACAGAGUCCUACCAGACACUCCAUCCCAUCAGCUCGGAGGAGCUCCUCUCCCUCAAGUAUGAGAACGACUACCCCUCGGUCAUUCUCCGAGACCCUCUGCAGACAGACACCUUGCAGACUGACUACUUUGCCAUCAAGCAAGAAGUCGUAACCCCGGACAACAUGUGCAUGGGGAGGACCAGUCGUGGUAAGCUCGGGGGCCAGGACUCUUUUGAGAGCGUGGAGAGCUACGAUAGCUGUGACCGCCUCACCCAGUCCUGGAGCAGCCAGUCAUCCUUCAACAGCCUGCAGCGCGUCCCCUCCUAUGACAGCUUCGACUCAGAGGACUAUCCAGCCGCCCUGCCCAACCACAAGCCCAAGGGCACCUUCAAGGACUAUGUGCGUGACCGUGCUGACCUCAACAAGGACAAGCCUGUCAUUCCUGCUGCUGCCCUGGCUGGCUACACAGGCAGUGGACCAAUCCAGCUGUGGCAGUUUCUUCUGGAAUUACUCACUGAUAAAUCCUGUCAGUCUUUUAUCAGCUGGACAGGAGAUGGCUGGGAGUUCAAGCUUUCUGACCCAGAUGAGGUGGCCAGGAGAUGGGGAAAAAGGAAAAACAAGCCCAAGAUGAAUUAUGAGAAACUGAGCCGUGGCCUACGCUACUAUUAUGACAAAAACAUCAUCCACAAGACCGCGGGUAAACGCUACGUGUACCGCUUUGUGUGCGACCUACAAAGCCUUCUGGGAUACACGCCCGAGGAGCUCCACGCCAUGCUGGAUGUCAAACCCGAUGCCGAUGAGUGAUGGACACCCAAGGGGUUGGGGAAAAGUCUGCUGAGACAUUUCGAAGAACAACCAUGUUGGUCGGACUCUUAAUUUUUAAUCGUUAUUCUAUUUUUAAUUUUCCAGAACUCGUUUUUUACAUUCAGGGGUGGGAGCUAAGUGAGCUGCAGCUUAAUCAAUUGUGAACAGUUGGAAAAAGAGAGCCGGGACUUGUGGGGUGGGUGGGACGAGAAAUUCAUGAGCAAAUUUUCAGGAGAGGGAGAGAGAGAGAGGAAGAGAGAGAGAAGGGUUCUUCUUAGAAGCUUGAAGGAUCUGGCUUAAGGGGAGGGGGAGACUAACACGUCCCA